UCUGAUUCACUUAAAGAGUCGUUUAAAAAGAGCAGUUCCAGCGUUCUUGCACAGUGCGCGCGAAAACUACAGCAGCGUUCUAGAAUGGCACCGCGCCCCAAAGCAGGUCGUGGGGGAAAGCGCAAGGUGGAUGCGGUUGUGGAGGCAGAACCAGAGGAAAAGAAGAAUAAAAAAGAAGAGGCCCAACUUGACGAGGAUGAUCAAGGCCAAAGGGUGGUCAUCGAACACUGUAAAAGCUGACGUGUGUAUGGUCGGAAUGCUGACCUGGUCCGCGAGGCUCUCCUGGCUGCGCAGCCAGAGCUGCGUGUGGUGCUCAACCCCCAGAAGCCUCGCCGGAACAGCUUUGAGGUGACACUGGUGGAGGGAGGCAAAGAGGUGGUCCUGUGGACCGGCAUCAAGAAGGGUCCUCCCCGUAAACUGAAGUUUCCGGAUCCUGCGGAGGUCGUGACUGCCCUAGAUGAUGCCCUAAAGAGCAAGUAGAGAUUUUUGAGGAGACAGUCAAUCAUCUUUGGUUUUGUGGAUGCAUAAUGACGAGGAUGGACCAAAUGGGCGACUUCCAGUCUGUUCUCUGAUGACUUGCUUGGCAUCCUGACCUGGAUUGUUGCAGCCUCCUUAUGAUCUCUGCUUACCUCUUGAGUUCACAAACUUACUUUAGUUCUGAUCUGUUCUGACUUUAACUGUGGUUUUACUGUUAUAGCUGUGGUUGAGUAGCCUUGAGUAGACUUAUACAUCAUUAUUUCUUGGUGAAUUUUUUGUGUAUUUCACAAGCAAGAUGUCUCUUAGCUGGAUGACUUGGGCCAAAAUGAUACAGCUACUGGGAACAUCCAUUAGCUCUCCUCCUAUUG